AUGCCACAUAAUUGGUUAAAAGAGCAUGCUGAUUAUUACGAAGAAGUUUUAACUAAUUAUCGUGCAAAAUGUCCUAAGCCAAGAGAUGGACACAAACAAAACUGCCUUGUCCAGAUCCCUGGCCCAUCUGGAAAGAAGAAGUUAGUUAAAAAUGAUAUAGUAUACUUAUUCUUAAAUACACUUCCUGACAAAUUCUUAAAAGAUAUGUUGGCGGAUAAAAAAGUUAUAGAUUGGGAACUUGGAUAUGCUAUGACUAUUUAUACUAGUCAGGGGAUGACUCUUAAGUCACCACAGCGUGUUUGGAUUAUUGAUGAAAACUUAGCCUGGGAUAAUCUAAUAUAUUUGGCAGUUGGUCGUGUGGAAUAUUUAAACCAACUCAUUCGGGUUAAAGCGCCUCCAUUACCUCCUGAAAUUGCCCAAGAAAUUGAGGAGACAAAAAAGAAAAGACAGCUAAAGCACAAAUUGAGACCGUCUAUUUAG